UUUGAAAUAAACCAGACAUAGUUUUAGAACGUUAUUAUUUCUAGAAAAUUAUGUUUGAAAUCUAAGAUAUCAGUAUUUUUUAUGCAAAAUGACGACUAUUUUAUUUUUAAAUAGUUUCUGAUUUGAUAGUCAACAAAAAAUAAUGUCAAUUGUACUAUUACAUAAUGUCUUCUUAGGUUUAAUUUCAAUUUCCUAUUGAAAUCCUGCUUUUUUUAACGCUUCAGAAUGUAAAACUUCUUAAAAUAAGCAUGUCUCGAUCUUUCUUGCAUGUAAAGUGAUAUCUAGGAGACUUAUUUAUAUCUAUAAAGCAAUUAUUAUAUCAAGAUGUGUAUGUAUACAUGUAUAUACUACAUCUGAUAUGUGAACUUAAUAGCCAAAGCUCUAGAUUUGUUAUAAUUCUAAAAUAUAUAUUAAUUUAUCUAAUAAAUAUUGUGAAAAUAUGACAGUAUAAUAUUAUUAUUUUAUAGUGUUUUAUUUAUAUUUUUUUAAAUUAUCUAUGUCUAAAUAAUCUAUGCAUUAUUCAAUUACAAUGUUUAAUAUGACGUUAUUUCAAUACGUAUAAGCAUUUUUGUAUCGCAUUUCUUCAUAAUAAUAAAUUGCUAAUGUAUGAUGUAGAAUAAGUAGCCAAAAUUAAAAUUGAUGAAUUUUAAAUGUGUAUACGAAUAGUAUAAAUAAUUCUUUAGAAAGAUCUUCAAAAUAAUUGGAUUAAUAAUUGAUAUGCAAUAAUUUUUCUUAUAAAAAUAACUUGUUUUCUAAACUGUUCUAUAAAUUAUCACAAUUUUUAAGUACUUGCAAUAAGUGUACUUUUACUGUUAUUAAUCUGAAAAAUAUUGUAAUUAUAUAAUAAGUUAGAUGCUUGAAAAAAGAAUUUAACUAGAAAGUUUUAUUUUAAAUUCAUAUAUAAAAACAUAAUAAUAUUUGAAAUAAAUUUCUUUUCUACAAUACUCGCCGAGAAUCAUUUACAAAAAUUGUAAAUGCAACAGUGGAGGUUAAUCGAAUUUCAGUUCUUGUAAAUAUAAAUUUCUUUUUAUAUAUA